AAGUGUGCCAAAGUGUGCCAUACUGUGCCGUACUGUGCCAAAGUGUUCAAAUUCGGAUACGUGAAACAGUAUAGCACACUAUGGCACACAUUGGCACACUUUUACACACUUUGACAAACUUUGACACAGUGUAAUACACGUGCUUUACAAAAGUAAAUAAAAUGUAUUUAUAUUUUGGCACACUAUGGCACACUUAGGCAUACUUUGGCACACUUUGGCACACUAUGGCACACUAUGGCACACUUUGGCACACUUUGGCAUAGCGUGACACAGUACAGCACAGUAUGGCAAACUAUACAGAAUAUUGCAGAUCAGCAUAUUUGAAAGUAGUUUGUCUUAUUUUCAUUAUUAAAUAAAAUGUUAAAUGAAGGUAUAAAAUUUCCAAUGAGUAUUAUCGUUUUAUUACAAUAUUCCAUACAUACUUGAUAACAUAGAUAUUUACAUACUAGUAGAUAAUCACAGGAUUUGAUGAUACGAUGUACAAAAAUGUAUUUAUAAACAUUAUCUUAAUUUAUAUUUCUGCCCAUAACACCUUUCGGAAUUGUACAGAUAAAAUAUUCAUUUUUGGAGCACAUAAAAAUACAGGGUCUGUAAAUAUUUGAGUAAUGCAUGACAUGUAACUUAUUAAGUAACGAAUUAACACGUUUGAAAUGUGUAAUCUGUACAUCGUUAGUAUGUACAAUCGAGACAUCAUCAGUUUCUAAUAAUUUAUAAAAAAUAAGUACGUCACUUGAAUUGUUGUAUUCUAUUUUACAAAUUUUAUGAAUAAUACAAAAUUCAUUUGCUUUGGUUUGCACGAAGCAGUCCUUGGUUUUUUUACUUUGCAUGAUAAUCUAUUACAUGAUAAUCUAUUUUUAUUUUAGGAAAAUGAAUCUCUUGCGCCAAGAAAUGCAUACGUAAUGCAAAUCGAGUAUUACAAGAAGAAAUGUGCGGAAAAAGAAAAAGAGAACGAACAAUUAAAACUUGCUAUGAAUGCAAAUGAAGAAACUACGAAGACAGUUAAGGGUACGGGCAUUGCUUCUACACAGCAAGAAAAAGAUGCAGUAGGACUUCUUCAUAACAUAUUUGAACUGAACCAAAAGGAUAUUGACAACAUAGAUGGUGACAAAGAGUUAACACACAUUAAGAAGGGGGUUUAUAUCAAUUCAUUAGCAUACAAAGAUGCUUUCAAAAGCGAUAAUUGUCAGUCAUUUUUUACGAUUAAGAAUCGAGGUAUUUAUGGCGAAAAUGAUUUGUUAACCCGGUGUGUGAAAAAGAUUGCUGGCUCAGAAGAGCGCCCUCUUUCUCCAAUUAAAAAAGAAGUCGUGGAGGACGAAUUCUAUAAAUUUCUGAAUAUAAAACGGUAUCCACUUCAUAUGAUAGAUAAUGAAAUGAAGAAAGUAAACAGAUAUCAACAUAAUUCGAUUUCAUCUGUUAAGAAAUCCUACAGAAGAAGGAACAAAUCCAAGAAUGAUAAUGAAAGCAAUGGCACAGGAAGUUAAAUUUAAACUUCAGUUUCUUAUUACUGUAAUAAGAUUUUGUAUUAUUAAUAUUAAUGUUAUUAGAAAGAAUUUGUUAAUAUGUAAGAAAUUCACGAAACUUAAUGGAAAUUGACUGAUUAUUCCAUUAUUGACUAUUUUCCGGUUGAAAAGCACUGAUAAAAUACUAUAAGAAGAAUUUCUAUAAGGAUGUAUGAGGCAUCUGUACCAGCUAUUACGGAUAAAACAUUAUAAAAAAAGAAUCUGUAAGAAGUUAUCAGUUAUUUCAUAUAAAAAUCAUAUUUUUAUAUAGAAAGGCUCUUAACUACUUCCGUUUCUUUUACUUUUAUAAUGUUUUAUCUGGUUUUCCUGGUGCAGAUACCUCACAAAUGCUUUUAGAAAAUCUUUUUCUAGCACUUUAUCACUGAUUUUCAAUUAGCUACAUAAAUCAAAGAGGUAGCCAAAGAUCUAUCCAAAAAUAAUAUAUGUGUUCAUAAUAUAUAAGUUUUUAUAUUUUAAAUAUUAAAAGUUGUCGCUGUGCGAU